GGCGGGUCCCACAGCUCUCCACCACUUCCGGCCCCGGCCCCGCCCCCUCGGGGGCCCCCCGCCGUGCGCUUCGCGUUCAGGAAAUUUGUCCCCAGCGCCGAGCCGUCUCCCCGCCCCCGCCGCUGCCAUGGCGGCAGCUCCGCCGCUCUCCAAGGCCGAGUAUCUGAAGCGUUACUUGUCUGGGGCAGGUGCCGGCGUCGACGGGGGCCCGGACUCCGGUCGCAAGCGCCGCAAAAAGCGGCCGAAGCCUGGCGGGGCCGGCGGCAGGGGAAUGCGGAUUGUGGAUGAUGAUGUGAGCUGGACAUCUAUCUCUACCACUAAACCAGAAAAAGAGGAAGAAGAUGAUGAUGGAGAUUUGCCUGUGGUGGCUGAGUUUGUGGAUGAGCGGCCGGAAGAGGUAAAGCAGAUGGAAGCCUUUCGUUCCAGUGCCAAAUGGAAGCUUCUAGGAGGCCACAGUGAAGAUCUACCCUCACAUAGACACUUCCAUCACGAAUCUCCGGAUUCAUCUCCCCCAAGGAGGGUCCGUCAUGACACCCCAGAUUCAUCUCCAGCCAGGAGGGCCUGUCAUGAUACCCCGGAUUCAUCUCCCCCAAGGAGGGUCCGUCAUGACACCCCAGAUUCAUCUCCCCCCAGGAGGAUCCGUCACGACACCCCGGAUUCAUCUCCUCCCAGGAGGGCCCAUCACAACAUCCCAGAUUCAUCUCCUCCCAGGAGGGUCCAUCACAACACCCCGGAUUCAUCUCCCAGGAGGGCCCGUCACGACACUCCGAAUUCAUCCCCUCCCAGGAGGGUCCGUCACGACACCCCGGAUUCCUCUCCCCCAAGGAGGGUCCGUCAUGACACCCUGGAUUCAUCUCCUCCCAGGAGGGUCCGUCACGAUACCCCAGAUUCCUCUCCCCUAAGGAGGGUCCGUCAUGACACCCCGGAUUCAUCUCCUCCCAGGAGGGUCCGUCAUGACACCCCAGACCCAUCUCCUCCCAGGAGGGCCCAUCAUGCUUCUCUAGAUCCUUCUCCCCUCAGGAAGCCUCAUCGUCACUAUUCAGGUGCGUCUCCUAGGAAAGCCCAUCAUGACACACCAGAUCCAUCUCUUUCUAGGAGGGCCCAUCACAGUUCCUCAGAUAGCUCUGUUCCCAGAAGGGCCCGAAAUAGCUCCCCUGACACAUCUCAACCUAGAAGGACUCUUGACUCCUUGGACACAUUGCAGCUCAAGAGGGCUCGUCAUGACUCCCCUGAUUUAGCUGCUAAUGUCCCUCAUUCACUGCCCAGAACCAAAAGCAGUAAAGCCCCAGAAAGAGCCUCUAGCAAAACCUCUCCACAUUGGAAGGAGACAGGACCAUCUCAUGCACCACUCCCAAAGAACAGCAAGUAUGAGUAUGACUCUGACCUCUCUCCUCCACGAAAAAAGCAAGCAAAAUCCCAUAAGCAUGAUUCUAAGGGCUCUUCCCCCAGCCAUAGGAAAUUUCAUAUGAGUUCUUCACCUAGGAGACAUCAGAGUCACAUAUUGGACACUUCCUCCUACCCAAGUGACAGUCAGAAAGCCUCUGAUUCAGAUCUUUCUCCUCCGAGGCAUAAACAAAUUUCAGGGCACAAGUAUUCUGAUUCAGAUCUGUCACCUCCACGGAAUAGACCUACACGUCGGAGCUCUGAUUCUGACCUGUCUCCACCAAGGAGGAAACAGAAGGUCAAAUCUUCUGAUUCUGAUCUGUCUCCACCUCGAAGGAGUCAGCCUCUAGGAAAGAAGGCUACACACAUGUAUUCUGGGGCUAAAACUGGGUUGGUGUUAACUGACAUACAGCAAGAGCAGCAGGAGCUCAAGAAACGGGACCAAGAAACUCUGGCUUUCGAAGCUGAAUUCCAGUAUGCUGAAACUGUAUUUCGAGAUAAGUCUGGCCGUAAGAGGAAUUUGAAACUGGAACGUUUAGAGCAAAGGAGAAAAGCAGAGAAGGACUCGGAGAGAGAUGAGCUGUAUGCUCGGUGGGGAAAAGGGCUAGUCCAGAGCCGGCAGCAACAACAAAACGUGGAGGAUGCAGUGAAGGAAAUGCAGAAGCCGCUGGCCCGUUAUAUUGAUGAUGAAGAUCUGGAUCGGAUGCUGAGAGAACAGGAAAGAGAGGGAGACCCCAUGGCCAACUUUAUCAAGAAGAAUAAAGCCAAGGAGAACAAGAAUAAGAAAGUGAGACCUCGCUACACUGGUCCUGCACCUCCUCCCAACAGAUUCAAUAUCUGGCCUGGUUAUCGCUGGGAUGGGGUGGACAGAUCCAAUGGAUUUGAACAGAAGCGCUUUGCCAGGCUUGCCAGCAAGAAGGCGGUGGAGGAACUUGCCUACAAGUGGAGUGUUGAGGAUAUGUAACCUUUCUGAGGCGGUGGGGUGGCGGUGGGUUGUGCUAGUGGAUAUCAGGCAGCCAGACAUCAGCUGUACCAGUUGUCGAUGCUAAUAAUCAGGGUCCACACAGACCAGCAACUUGAAUGCCAGUUUUGACUACAGAAGAAUAUUUUAAGACCUGAUGUUUGGACUGAGGCGCUUGAACUUCUCAGGUGUGCCAACACUGGCUAUUGCUGGCCUGCAGAGGAAGGGUUGAUUUUUCAGUGUCCCAGGGUUUGUUCUUGGUUAGGAUUUUUUCUUUUUUAAUAAACAUGCAUUUAUUUU